CUCGGCUCCAAGCGACAACCUUUAAAAACUGCACACACGCUGGUUUAGCGUUAGUUUAAAAACGACAUCAUGGCGUCAAAGGUACUCGUGGGUGCUGCUGUUUUUUUUGUUGCCUUCAUUUCAAAAAGUGUGGGGAUAAUUGGUGGCAGAGAGGCAGCGCCACAUUCUCGGCCCUACAUGGCUUCCAUCCAGGUACCAGAAGGCGAGAAUCUGAAGCAUGAAUGUGGAGGCUUUGUGGUUGCAGAUCAGUGGGUGAUGACUGCAGUGCACUGUCUACCUACUGGACCAAAUGGAAGGAAGAUAGUGUUGGGUGUCCAUUCUCUGAGUGAACCUGAAGAAACAAAGCAAAUCUUUGACAUUUUGGAACUUCACAACCACCCAAACUUCAACCCGAAUAAUUAUGAUAAUGACAUUGCUUUAAUUAAGCUGGAUAGUCCAUUUAACAUUUCUGAAGCGGUUCAAUCGGUGGAAUUUCUGCGUGCCGGAGGCACAAACCCCGUCACCGGUGUAGAGGUCGAGACGGCUGGCUGGGGGUCGGUAGACAAUCUGGGAGUCAGACCAGACAAGCUCAAAGAGGUGGUCGUUGAGGUGAUCAGCUCGGGUCGGUGCAGACGCAGCGACUACUUUGGUAGAAAGUUCACCAAUAACAUGAUAUGUGCACAUAAAGUCUGCGCAGACCCCUGUGACCAACCACAUAAGAACGAAGACAGCUGUGAUGGGGACUCUGGAGGUCCACUGCUCUACAAUGGCGUUGUGGUGGGCAUCACCUCCAAUGGAGGAAAAAAGUGUGGCCAAACAAAAAAGCCUGGAAUUUAUACCAUCAUCUCUCACUACACUGAGUGGAUUGACAACACCAUGGGCCUGCAGCCAGCUCAAACAGAAGACCAGAGCCAAUGAAAGCAGACAUUACAAACUUUUUAGCUACGGCUGACUGUUUCUUUCUGAUUUAUAAUUAAUGCAUGUCUGUAGGACUAGAUCUCAAGCAUAUGACAAACGUACCACAAAAAUAUAUGCGAAAGCAUCUUCUUCUUCUUCCUCUUUCGGCUGCUCCCUUUAGGGGUCGCCACAGCAGAGCAUCUGCCACCAUUUCAUCCUUAGCAUCAUAUAACAAUGUAUUUGACAUAAUUUUAGCACGUUGCUGUUUAAAGGAAUUAAUAAAAUACUUCAUCUCA